CUGCGACCAGGUCGGUACUCUGCUCUUAACAUCUUCCUGCUGUGUCAAAGGUUAAUGGAGAGCGGGAGCUGAAGGGCUUUGGGUCACAGCUGCUAGAACACGCUUCCUGUGUUGAUGCAACAGCACAACCAAGAAAAGUUUUCUCUCAGAGGUGAUUUUUACCAAAUGAGUCAGAACUCAGAGAUGUGCAGCAGAAUCAUCUUUUCCUCGAUCUGUGUAGCUGUCCUGGCCCUGACCCUUAACUCCAGCAAUGCCUUACCCAGGACUGACAGACCAAUUCUUCCUAACCACCACUUUAUGUUUAUGUGGAAUGCCCCAACUGAGCUCUGUGAAACGCGUUAUGGAAUACCUCUCGACCUCUCCUACUUCAGCUUGGUUAGCAGUACAUUAAAAUCUGCUACCAACCAGAGCAUUUCUAUAUUCUACAUAGAUCGCUUUGGGAUAUUUCCUUAUGUCGACGAGGAUACGGGAGAGAUGUAUGAUGAGGGUGUUCCACAGUUGGUGGACAUGAAGGAACAUCGGGAGUUGGCUGAAGAUGACAUUGAAUUCUACAUUCCUAUGAACCGAUCAGGUCUAGCUGUGCUCGACUUUGAAGAAUGGAGGCCACAAUGGAUUAGAAACUGGGGGAGCAAAGAUAUCUACCGAGUUUCUAUCAACCUGGUCAAAAAGAGGAAUGUAUCUUUGUCUGAGGAUGAGGCCGAGGAACGGGCAAAAGUUUUGUUUGAACGUGCAGCCAAAAAAUACUUUCUCCGGUCCAUCAGACUUGGCAAAAGGCUGAGGCCCAACCGACUUUGGGGUUAUUACUUAUACCCUGACUGCUACAAUUAUGAUUACAACCAGGAUAUGGCCAGCUUUAAUGGAGAGUGUCCUCCCAUUGAGAAGUCAAGAAACGAUGAACUGCUCUGGCUUUGGAUGGAGUCCACUGCACUCUUCCCAUCCAUCUAUCUGGAGUCGGUCCUCAAAGAUACCCAGCAAGCCCGCAUGUUUGUUCGCCAUCGCAUCCAGGAGGCCAGGAGAGUCUCAGUUCUACCCAAUAACUCCUACUCUACUCCCAUUUAUGCCUACAUACAGCCUGUGUACAAGGACAGUGUUGAUGAUUACAUGUCAGAGUUUGACCUCGUCAACACCAUUGGAGAGGCCGCUGCCCUCGGAGCAGCUGGGGUUGUUUCCUGGGGCGACAUGAACGUCACAGACACAGAGGAAUCCUGCGUUGAUGCUCUGGAUCACCUGCAGCGAGUGAUGAACCCUUACAUCCUGAACGUCUCUACGGCUACACGCUUAUGCAGCGAGGCUCUCUGCCAGAGCCAGGGUCGCUGCGUGAGGAGGAACUGGAACGAUGAUGUCUACCUUCACCUCGACCCUCGGCGUUACACAAUCCAGAGACGCAGCCGUAGCGGCCCACUGAUGGUGACCGGCAGCCUGUCUCAGGACGACAUUGACUACUUUAACCGUAGCUUCCAGUGCAUGUGCUACAGCCAGGCGCCAUGUCAGUCUGUCCUCACUCUGAACCUCAUCCCUGGAGCUGUGGGCGUCCCGAGGAGCGGAGGCCCUGGCCGGAGCUGCUACUUCCUGUUGCUUCUUACUCUUUUAAAGUUCCUUCUACUGUGAAUCAGAUUCAGCCCCAACUUUACUGAACUCCCCCACUCAUUCCUGACAGUGAGGGGACCUAUGACACACCCUUUAUUUAAAGGUUUCAAUUUAAAGGCAACAGAAGUUCUUUAUGAUCGUAAAACGCAUACUGUAGAGGGAAACAUUUGAUAGAAUAGAAUCAAAUAUCAGUUUUAUUUCUACAGCGCUUAUUCUUAAUAUCUCAUUAGAGUUUAAUCAAUGAAAUCCUGCAGCGAUUUCAAUGAUUUGAAGUUGGCAAAAAGGAAAAAUAGCCAAGAACAUAAAAGGCUUUAUUAAUUUGUCUUUAUUUAAUCUUUCCUUUCUUCUUUCUUUUCAAUAGAAAAAUGUAGAUUUCCCUUUCUCUUUCCUCUUCAAUGGAUUCUUCUUAAGGAGGAACAAUUUGACUUUAUCGUUUUAUAAUUAGUCUGAAAAUUGAUUGCAUAGAGUUUAACUGAUUCCUGAUGGGACUGUUUGCACCUGAACGGAUUGAAUAAUAAAAU